AUGCCAGUGGGAAUUGCGAAAUUAAAGGGCUUACAAACACUUUGCUUUGAGUAUAUGGAUGAAUGGCAAGAUUGGAUUCCUUGCAAAGUUGAGUGCGAAGAAUUCCCUUGUUUGAGUGAGCUUUCUAUCUCUAACUGCCCCAAAUUAGGAAAAUUUUCCUAUCAUCUCCCGUCAUUGGAAAAACUUUCCAUUCAUACAUGUGAGCAAUUGGUUGUUUCAAUUUCAAGCCAUUCAGUGCUUCAAGUAUUAGAAAUUGUAAAAUGUAAAGAGGUUGUGCAUGGGUCUGUGAAGGUAGAAAAGCUAAUAAUAAAAAUUUGUGAGGAGCUGACAUCUCUAUGUGAAGAUGGGCUUAUGUCCUUUGUAACACUAAAAAUUAAAAUCGAAUGGUGCCAAAGUCUUGUAAACAUCAAGUUGAAGUCUACAUUAAGGGAACUAACAAUCAACCACUGUAAUGCUUUGGAAUCCUUGCAAUUUUUGAUGGAUGAGGGAGGGGCUUCUUCAACUUCUUCUUUAUUGAUGAAUGAGGAGAAUCUUAGAUGCAUUGGUAACAACAAUGCAUCUCUUCUUGAGCACUUGGAAAUUUCUAGUUGUCCAUCCCUAAAAUGCGUAUCAACAAUAGUCGACUUAGCUGCCAUGCUUAAACGCCUUGAUAUUGAAGGUUGCCCAAAUCUAACAUCUUUAUCAUCGAGAGACGCGCUACCUACCACCCUUAAAUUCCUUAGGCUAGCAGAUUGUCCAAAACUGGAGUCAAUAGUAGACAACUUAAACAAGGAUACGUUACUUGAACAUCUUUUAAUUAUUUGUUGUGAAAAGCUUAGGUGCUUACCGAGAGGCCUACACGAACUCUGUCACCUCAAAGAGAUUGAUAUAUACGAGUGUAAUAGUCUCAUCUCUUUAGGAGAUUUGCUCCCCACCAACUUGAGAAGUCUUGAAAUCAGAGACUGUGAGAAACUGGAGGCCUUGCCGAAAAACAUGCACAACCUCAACUUUUUGCAAGAUUUAUCAAUAGGUGGAUUUCCAAGUAUCGUAUCCUUUCCGGAAGAGGGUUUCCCCACCAACCUUAGAGAGGUUAGGUUGUCAGGGGCGAAUCUCUGUAAGCAAAUAUUUGAGUUGGGACUGCACAGACUCACGUCGCUUACAUCUCUCUUUAUUGCUGAUGGAAUUAUGGAUUCGUUUCCAGAAGAGGAAGAUGGGAAGACGAUGUUGAUGUUGCCUACAUCUCUCACUACCCUGACCUUAUGGAGGUUUCCAAAUUUGUUAUUCCUCUCCUGGAAGUUCUUUCAAAACCUCUCUACACUUGAACAAAUUUUCAUUGGUGCAUGCCCUAAACUUGCGUCUCUCUCAGAGAAGUGUUUUCCUCCCUCGCUUCAGCGAUUUCAUAUUUAUGAAUGUCCUGUGCUGAAACAAAACUGCAAGAAAGACAAAGGGAUAAUGUGGACAAAGAUUGCCAAAAUCCCUUCGGUUGAAAUUGAUUAG